AUGUCUGGAAGCGGUUCUGGGUUCAAAAAUCCGGAUUUAAGUGUUUAUGUGGGUAACAUCGAUCCUAGUAUAACCAAAGAAUUAUUAUAUGAAUUAUUUGUGCAAAUAAGUCCAAUUGCUAAGAUCAAUUACCCCAAGGAUAAAGUGUUACAGACACAUCAGGGUUAUGCAUUUAUAGAUUUCUAUACUGAGGAAGAUGCAAAUUAUGCCAUUCAAGCAUUCAAUAAUAACGUGCAGUUAAAUAAUAGGGUAUUGAAAGUUCGUAAGACAAACAAUAAUAUUUCUUCUAAAUCUAGUACCAACUUGUCACAAGCUACCUCAGUUACACCGUACGCUAAGAUUUUCGUGAAGAAUUUAGAUUCUUCUGUUGAUGUUGCAUACUUAUCCAAACUUUUCAAAAAGUUUGGUUCCUUAGCUAGAGAAUCUGAGAUCUUCCAUUUAUCUAACGGUGAACUGCGUUGUGCAUAUGUGUAUUUUAAAGAUUAUGAAAAGGCUGAUGAGGCAAUCAAGUCUUUAGACGGACAGCUUGUUACAAACAAAAGGAUUAAUAUCGAGUACGCAUUCAAAGAGAAUGGUGACAAAAAGGCAAAGUACGGAGAAGAUGUGGAUAGAUUAUUAAAUAAAGAAGCUAUUAAGAAUGGAUUGAUAAAGUAG